AUGGCAGGGAAAGGCCUCCCCGACGGGAUAUAUACACAAUUUUUUACUUAUUGUCUUCUAGGAUUUCGCUGGAAGUGCUGUUAUACCGUACAUGUUUUAGGCGGAACAUUAGCACUGGUUGGUGCGAUAAUGCUAGGUCCGCGUAUCGGUCGUUUUUACGCUGACGGAAAUCCAGUAAGAUUCAUGGAUAUAUCGCUCGCGCUCAAACUAGCUGCGUUGGGUGGACUUAUUCUCUUUCUUGGAUUUCUCGGAUUCAACGGCGGUUUGCAGGGACUCAUCUCCAACCCUGGGGGCGGCGUUGUCGUCGCCGAAUUAAUCGUCAACACUAUCAUACUAUCCGGAGGUGUUUCGGCGUUGUGCGCCCUCUUCAUCAACCUCAGAUGUUACAAGAAAAACAUGUGGAGUUAACUUACAGCUAUAAAUGGAGGACUUACUGGAAUGGUAAUCACAUUUAAUUAUUCAAUCUUAAAUUUUGAUUUGAUUUGGUUUAUUCGGUUCCAUAAAACAUUACAUAAAACAAGCAUGCAUACAAAUACAUGGUACAAGUUAAAAUAAACACUCUUUAAAAUAUUACAGAGCAGUGGCGCCAUAGGCGCUUACGGGGCAAGUGCCCCGGGGCCGACAGGAGCCCGGGAUGCUAGAUAAAAAAAAAUACAUAAAAUAAAUAUAUAAAAGUUAUUAAACGUAUAUAUUCGUCCAGUAUCAUUCAUAUGUUUUUCACAACACUUGUAAAUAAAGUUGAUCGUUUAUCGACGAUGAAAGCUCCUCAUCAAUCGCUUCCAAUACUUUUUCAUUAAUAUUUUCAUGACCUACUAUUCUGGAGUGUUUAAAAUGUUUACAGUGUAUCAAAUAGUAGGCCUAUUAUUA